GCAGCAGCAGCAGCAGCAGCAGACCCUCUACCCCAUGGGGCCUGGCAAGUUGCCCUACUCCCCUGGAGAGCACCAAAUAUACCCUUCCUUUCCUUACCAGCCUCCUGCAGUGGUACAAGCUACAUCCUCUCCAAAUCUUAGCCCAGUGCAGAAUAGUUAUUCCCAUCACAGUUACGAAUUACCGGCUGGCCCUUCACAUUAUGCAUCUGGUGGGUAUCACCACUAUGUGCCUUACUAUUACCCUGCAGCGACACCAGCUCCAACCUCUGCAGCUAAAAAACCUACUAGCCUUCCUCCAGCUAUCCAUCCACCCCAGUCACCACAGAGUGCUUAUUACUCUUAUGUUCAGAUGCCUUACUAUCCUGCAGCCACUGCAGCACCAGUGACCCAAGCCCCUGCUCCUCCACCGUCACCUCCUCCCUCUCCAGCAAAACAGCCUGUGGCUCCACAGUACCCAGUCGCUCCAUUUUAUUCCCCUGCUUCUUAUGGCUCUUACUAUCAUUACGGACAGUUUUCUUACACUGAUCCUGAGGUGACACAUCCUACUAUACCUCCACCUUCCCCUCGUCCACCUCCCAAACACCCUGACAGUCCCAGCUAUCACUUCGGUCAGUUUUACCCCCAAGAACCCAUCUACUUCCUGCCACCCACACCUCCGCCGCCUGCCAAAGAGAAACCUGAGGAACCUGAGAAACCUGCAGCCCCACCUGCCACCUGUCCCCCUGACAGUCACACCAUUUGUAGCUACUACCCUUACCCCUAUUACCCCUAUCACCCCUAUUACUAUCCUCACUACCUGCCACCUUACCCCCCUGUGCCACAGUAUCCAGGGCUUCAACAACCAAUGACCACCACUACAGCUCCUACCACCACUACAGCUCCUACAACUGCUACCACAGCUGGACACACUCCACAAGACCCCCAACUCCAGUGUCUGCCGGGGAGGAUGGUGGCCUACUUGCCUUUUGCCCACAUAAACUCCAUCCAGGUCAGAGACCAGACGAAGACGUGGCUGUUCGUCGAGGCGGUGUCUCCAGUGUGUGGGUACAUGCUGCAGAUGGCGCAGGGCUCUGGAGUAAUCCUUCACUCUCCUCUGCCUUCCUGCUACAGCCAGUCAUGGACUCCCACAACUAUUUCCUUACCUGUGAGGUUUUGGGACCUUUCCAAGUCACAGUAUAGGACUAUUGACUUGCGAUGCCCGUAUCACACUACCCCUGUCACUCCUGCAUCAGUUACCCCAGUGCCCACUACCACACCUAGCACCACUAAGGGGACGGUCAGCCCGCCUGCUGCCCCGAAAGUCUUCUGCUCCUCCCAUCAGAUGACUGUGGAGCUCCCCUCUGGUCCCAUCUCUGGAAUAGUUUUUAAAGACAUCAGAGGGAACCAGUUGAACCUCGAGGAUGCCCCUAUGCACUGUGGGUAUUCUGCAAGAAAAGUCAAAGAUGGCAAAAUCCGUUUGAGUCUCCAGUUACACUCGGCCUGCCACAUGAGUGUGCAGGGUAAAAUGUACAUCAUCACUGUCAUCUACAUGACAGUAAAUGGGGAACGGGAGGCUCAGUUUUCCUGUCCAGUUGUUGUCCCAGGGUCUGGACAAGAGUGCAACCUUCCCAGUGAACAGCGUCUCCCCUGCGGACCCAGCUCCGUAUCCCAGCCCCAGUGCUUCUCCAUGGGCUGCUGCUUCAGCAAGCACCCCCCUGCCUGCUACUACCCCAUGGAUGAGUGCACUAUUGACCGCCACUUUGUCUUCUCCGUGCCGGCCUCCCUCACGGAUCCCCCUCUUUCCCUCGCCCUGCUCGUUGCUGCUGGCAACUCCACCUGCAGACCUGAGAGACUGACUGCCGACUACGCCUUGUUCAAGAUCCCCAUGGAUGGCUGCGGGGCACGCAGAGUGACAGCGGGGAAAACAGUGAUCUACAUGGUGGAGAUCGUCAAUCAGAUUCAGGCACUCAGCCUCAACUACGGCACCAUCACAAGAGAUUCUCCUGUCAGGCUGUUGGUGGAGUGCAGGUUUGUGCCGGGCUCUGUAGUGAGCGUGAGCUACUUGGUGAAGACUCCCACUCUGGGACCUGAAGUUCGGACCCAGGGGAUGUUUGGAGUCCAGCUCAGGAUUGCCAAAGACGCCCAGUACAGCAGCUACCACCCUCAGUAUCACCAGCCGCUGCAAAUGCUGCUAGGGAAACCUCUUUACUUGGAAGUGCGGCUGGUCAACACCCCAGAUCCCAGUUUGGUGUUGUUGGUGCACUUCUGUGUGGCCUAUCCGCGCUCUGGAAAGUCUGUGUGGCUGCUGCUUUACAACGGAUGUCCCAACCCCUUGGACCCAGCCCUGCAGCAGUCUGUGAUAUCUGAUCCUCGGCCGCCCUCUCCUCAGGCUCAGACCCGCCGCUUCACCAUUAGCACCUUCCAGUUCCUUCCUGAUGGGGAGUUUAAGGACCCGGAUGAGGAGAUCUACUUCAUGUGUUCAACUGAAAUCUGCUUGCCGCGCGAUGGGCCGUGUGUCGAGGGAUGCUUCGGCCAGUGACGGCCUCAGACAUCACUUGUUCAACCACCAAUAAAAGCUCUUAAAGGACA